AUGAGGUCAUACUGGAUUGACGUGUGGCCCAAAUCCAAUGAGACCGGCAUCCCUUGUAAAACAAGAAAAUUUGGUGACAGAUGCACACAGGGAGAGAGACGUGAAGAUGAUUUCAGAAAUGGGGGUCAUACUUCUACAAGUCAACUGUUUGGAAAUGCACACAAAAAUGCUGUAAUGAAUGAGGAGGGCGGAAUGAGGAAGCACCCGUCCCCAAAGGGAAUAUUCCUACUACUUCAACUUUUCCAGAUUUUUGUCAGUGCAGACAUCUCCCCCCUCCCGCCGCUUUAUUUUCCUGCCACAUGUCCAACUUUGCAAAUGGCAAAGUCUUGGCAAGUGCUAGGCGCGCUCACCUUUCUUCCCUGCCCCUCAGUAUCCAGACUCAGGCUGCGCGGUCAGUUAGGGCGGGAAGCCGAGCAGCAGCACAAGCCCAAGCCGUGGGCAGUCAGAGACCCACCGCCUGGGACCCAGGAGUCUGAGCCGAGCCCAGAGGACGCCCAACCUACCCGAGCCACAGGGCGGCGAAGCAGCAGGUGUCUGGACAGCCAGGCAGCCGAGCGGCUGGACAGCGGGGAGGCCCUGGGGACUGACCGGCCCCGCCCGGGCCCGGCCCCGCCCCGGCCCCGGCCCCCUGCCCUGCUCCCGCCUCCGGCCCCCGGCUCCCGCCUGGCUCCGGCUCCCUCCGGCCGCAGCUGCCCGGCCGGCUCAGCGCACCCCGCCUGCGGUCCCGCCGGCCCUCCCCGUCGCGUUGGUGGCGGCGGCGACCGGAACAGGCCCGCCCGCAGCCUCCGAGGUGCCGUGCCCUACAGCGCUGGAGGGAGUUCAGAUGAACUGAGGAAAAUCCAGGUGUUGUGUUGGGUUCAUGGAUGCAGAAGAUAUACUACUAAAAGAAAAGAAAAGCAUGAUCCUUCCUUCAGACAUGUGAAAAAGAUAGAGUUCCCAGAAGACUUCAUCAGCAGGAAAGAAGCUCUAAUAAUGUGGAAUAGAAAUACCAGAAGACUCCUAUCAGCACAGCUGAAGACUGACCCUGGAGAUUGAUAUGUCUUCAUGCACUGGAGGCAAUUGGAGCAAACGGAUGAGAAGUGCCUGUUGGUAUUCAGGAGCAACAGUCUCAAGAACCCUGGAGGGGGGGCGGGGCACAGCACUUCUGUAGGACUGCCUGACAGUGGAUAGUGCCAGUGGCAGAUGGCAUACAGGUGAAAGAAUUUCCGCCAUCACCACCAAAACCACACGCCCCAUGUUUGGAUGCUGUAGACCUGAAGUAGCAGGAUAAGUGGAACGUGGAUGGGUGAGAUCCAUUGCACAGGCUUCUGGGUGCAGCUCUAAGCCAAGGGUCAACAGUGGAAAGUUGGAAGUCCAGGGUCUGAGCUUAUCCUAUGUCUGAUAUAAAUGAGUCAUCCCACAUCAGCAAGUAAGCACCAUAUUAACGGUUCAGUCUUAGAAGAUCCCAAGAAAGAAAUACUUGUGUUGUCCAGCAGGAGUGAUCUGAUCUGCUAGAACCAGAUCCGUGCCUAGAUCUGAAACCAUGCCUGGAUCUGGUACCAGAUCCGUGCCUGGUCUCUUGGUGGUACUGGUCUGAAACAUGAAGGCAAAUGCAAGAAGAAACAGUUAAAGAAUUUAAAUAUUCUUUAUCUCUGAUUUAUUCUUAGAGAAGGGCUACUGAGGAAGAAAAGGAGAGUCAAGGGAUCACUGUUUCUUGUAACAAGCCUUGUACUAGUAUGUUAGUUUUUAAGUUCUAUACAUGUAUUACUUCAAAAAAUAAAAAUUAAAAAAUGAAUAUAACAAAACAAAAUAAAGCCAAGUUGUAGUAUAUAGCCUUUUUUAUAAUCUGCCUUUUCUAUCUAAUGAUAUAUCUCGAACAUUUCCCCAUAUUCUCAUAAAAUAUGACUUGAUGACUAAAUAGUAUUCUACCACACAGAUGUGCCAUAGCCAUAACUGACUUAACAAUUUUCUUACUUUGGAUAUUUAAGUGAUUUCCAGUUUGUCUUUGUGGAAUGGAAAUCAGCAGGAAUUCGGCACUUCCACAUUCGGUGUCCGAUGGACUUGCUAAAAAUGACUUUUCAUUCUGUCUGUUGCUUCCAGCCCUUGUUUCUGGAAACUUGCUGUAUCAACCCUCUCCCCUAAUAGAUCUUAUUAUAUGACAGUGUAGCUAAGAGUGAGGCUGCAGCAAGCCACGUGGACCUGGGUUCAAAUCAUAAACCUCCCAUUUUUCAGCUCUAAAAGACUCAGUGAUCUUAUAUUUAAAAAAGGAUUACUGUAAGGAUUAUUUGAAACAUUGUAUCUAAAUUUAUGGAGAUACCUAGUUGAUAAUGGUAUUAUCAUUUAUUGGCUCUUCUCUGACACCUAUUUAUUGAGUGUUUUAAUGUGGCAGGCCUUGUGAUGGGUGCUAAAGGUGCAAAGAUGGGAGAAACAAGCAAGCCCUGAUCUGUGACUAUUACAGUAUCACAUUAUAGAAAAUCAUCAUUUUAAAAAAUUCGCAUUUUAAAAAAUUCGGAAUUGCAGCUAUGCCAAAUGCCAAAGAAGAGAGAGACCUUGUGCAAUGCAUACCUGUCAUAGGAGAUUUGAUACAGUCACAGAGCGGCCCUGCAUUCUCAUAGGGAUAUCAGUCUUUGCCUUAUGAUUCUGGACAAAAAGAGAGGGCAGCAAGAAGAUUGGUAUCCUCCACCAGAAAACACAGUAUUUGGUUUAAGAUGUUGGGGUUUUUUGUUUGUUUUUUUGUUUUGUUUUGUUUUGUUUUGUCUUCUGUGUUCAUUCUCACAGAACAGAAACUGUAUGCAUGUGACUUUGCAAUGAAACAGUGCAGACUGGGACUGGUGGGAAAUAUCUUUAACUCUUUCCUGCCCACUGUUCAUGGCCUUCAGUCAUCUUUCCUGUUUAUAGCAUCUGUGCUCCGAGAACCUUUUCAUGUGCCUCCAGGAUGGACCAUUGUAAUGUGCUUCUUUGACUAAGGUCCGUUGUCUUCCAGCUUUACUGUGCCACCCUGGCUGUCUUUGUAUCUCUAGGGCUUAGCAGGGUACCUGACACAAAGCAGCUUCUCACAACAUGCAAAGCAGGUUGACUGAAAUCUAAUAUCGUAUUUCAGGGCAGGGCAGACAUCACCUGCCCAGGAAGAUGUAGGGAGGAAGGAAGGGACUUCUGGUCCCUGAAUAUACUAGAGCCCUAAGACAAUUCAGUGUGAAAAGGAGUGGAAGGAAAAUAUCAAGAGGCAGCUCCUAGAAAGGGUUCAACGUAAAGGUGGGGAGGGAAUUCCAGACAGGGAGACAUGAGGUACAUGGGUAAAAAAGGAUAGCAACCUGAUCUGUAGUAGGAGUAUCAGUGUAUGGCUGUGCCAGGAGCAGGGAGAGGUUGGGGAGAGACUGUUAGGGAGAUCAAUAGUAGAUGGCACUGGGAAAGUACUCGGAGCUGAGUUGUGAAAUACCUUCUGCCAUUAAUAUUAGAGACACAUUUAAAAUAAAAAGCAUAGGCUGGAGAAAAGCAGAGGGCUUUAAAAAGAUAGAAUUUAAGUACUGCUAAUUAUCUGACAGCACAGGAAAAUAAUAGAGCAAAACAAAUCCUCCCAGCUGUGAUCAGCAUGCUUAAGGAUCUUGAACUUCACAAGCUGGCCAGGAACUAAAACUUCUGGGAUCUGAUAUCCUUGCUCCUGACCUUGCAAUUCCAGAGUUAAUAUUGUGUUCAGUGUCUGAAGGUAAAGUGAUCUUCAGACCAGAAAAAUAUUGUAUCUUUUUUUUUCGUUAGUGAUUAGUUUUUGUAUCUUUAUUUUUAAAAUAUGUAAACAGUAAUGUUUUGUGACUUUACUUAAUGAAUAAACUCCUCAUUAACAAAUUUCUUCAUA